UUCAUCCCGGUGGACGUUGAGACAUGUCGCGCAUCUUGUUCUGGGGGGACAGCGCCUGUGGACACUUUGGCCCGCAGGCAUCCUCCAGGCCAGUGUCGUGGAGCGUCCCUGGUGUCGUGAGCAACAUUUGCUGCGGGGAGCAGCACGUUUUAUUCCUUUUGGAGGACGGACUCGUUUCCUCGUAUGGAAGCGACUCAAGGAGACAGCUUGGACGAAAGGUUUUUCAAAGCGAAAAAACACCCUCAGGCCGUGUGGAGGGCUUGGCUGAGGUGGUGAGCGUGGCCUGCGGUCAGGACCACUCUCUGGCCCUGUGUGCAUCGGGAGGAGUCUACUCCUGGGGGGCGGCAGAGGAUGGACAACUCGGGUUAUUGCCCAAUCGUGUAUAUAAUACUCAGAGAGCAAGUCCAGUGCAAAUACCGAUGCCUAUACCAGUGAUUCAGGUUGCUUGUGGAAACUACUACUCCCUGGCAUUGACUAAAGGGGGCGACGUCUUCUCGUGGGGUUUGAACAGUCAUGGCCAACUGGGUUUGGGGAGGCAGACUUCUCUGCAGUACACCCCCCUCCAGGUGCCCGCACUCAAUGGCAUACCGGUAAGCCAGAUCUCGGCCGGAGCGGCUCAUGCGCUGUUCCUCACCUUGUCGGGCCUGGUGUACUGUUGCGGGGCCAAUCAACAUGGUCAGCUUGGCCUGAACAGGAUUGAUGACAAAGGCCGAUUCAACAUCUGUGUUGUUCCUGCUCUUCGACGUCUGAGCGUUUCCUUCAUCACUUGUGGAGAGGCCCACUCUGCUGUCUUAACAAAGGAGGGCAAAGUUUAUACUUUUGGAGAGGGAGCUCACGGUCAGCUGGGUCAUGGCUCUUCUGCGAAUCAACUGACACCCAAACCGGUGGACGGGAUGGACGGAGUUGCCUCACAGGUGGCAUGCGGCAGACGUCACACUCUCGUUUUGGGAUCGUCUGGCCAAAUUUGGGCUUUUGGCAGUGGGGUUAAAGGUCAGAUUGGGAGCGGAAAAGCGGAGGGCAGCCCGGCGCCCGUGCUAGUACGACUUCCGUGGAGCUGUGACAGCGCGUCAGUCGUGCCCUCAGACUUGAAAAUAGCAGCAGGGUGGAACACGAGCUUUGCUUUCACUUCAUCACAGAGUGGAAAGCAACGCCCGAUAACCGGAAGGCUUGAUGAGAAAAAACUACUAAAAUGGCUGACGUUAAAAAAGUGCAAUCCAGAGGCUGAAAGAGAAAUCCUUGAGAUGUUUUUUACAAGCUCAAGCCUUGUUGCAAGUUUUACAAAAAGCAUUGGGCUUUCACUAAACGCAGAUGCCUUAAAUGUGGACCUCGAGGCUGCCAGCCGAGCUUUCUCUAAGAUGCUAGCAGUGCCGUGGAUCCGGAAAAAGGUGAACCUGGCAGCAUUGAUGAACGUGCUCGUCACUUUUCGCAGCUCCCUCAAAUCUCCAGAGAUCAUUGUGAUCCUGCUCUCGUGCCCGCUCCUCCACGAUGUCUCGGCGGUUCUGGCCAACGUCUUGCCUUUGGCGGUGGUUGUUGACGUGAUGAGUGAGAGGACUCAGGCAACACUAAAAGGCUGGUGGUCCUCCAUGCCAGCCGACAUGCUGUUGCAACACAUCCUGGUGUUCAAAAAUGCUCUGGAUUUUGUCAUCAAAAACGGCCUCUUGGUAACUCACUUUCCUGGCAUCAAAGCCACACUGGAGGUCCUCAAGCUCCUCUACAAGGCAAACAAAAGAGGGAAGUCCUACAAAGUCCCACUAAGCACCUUUUAUGUUGAGGACUUUGACAACAGGACGCUCGUGAAGGAUGUCUUUCUUUGGCGUCAACAUUCUACAAAAGAGGAUGACGUCAAUACACCUCCCACCUUUUGCCGGUACCCCUUUGUGCUUAAUUUGUUCUGCAAGGUGUCGGCCUUUGCCAUUUUUGCAUUCAUAACAAAGUUUGACUACCCCGGUGAAUCAGUGUCUUUUGAUGUUUUGGUACGGCGUUUUCAGUCCGAAGCGCCCGUCUUUCAGCUCUCUUUGAGACCAAGUCACCUGCUCGAGGACACCUUCAGACAGCUCAAUGCAGCAGAUCACGUCGCCUUCAAAAAAGAACUCUUGGUGCAAUUUGUGGAUGACAGGAAAGUGAUGAAUGUCAACAGGAGGGACCUCUUCCUGCACAUCUUUGAUGAACUGAUGGCGCCGCAGUCCAACUUGUUCAUGUACAACGACAGAAAGAUGCUGGCCUGGUUCCCCCCCAAGCCCAAGGUAGCGGCGAACACGUACUUCCUGUUUGGGGUUCUAUGCGGCCUGGCUCUGCACAACCAGAACAUGGUCCAUCUGCCCUUCCCACUUGUUCUCUUCAGGAAGCUGCUUGGCGUCAAGCCCUCAUUGGAUGACAUGAAGGAAUUUGAACCCACCGUUGGAGAGGGAUUGCGAUGCAUCUUGGAGGACUACAGUGAUAAUGUCCUCAAAGACAUGGAGACUACUUUUACCGUGUCUUGGGGAGGUGAUAAAGUUGAGCUUGAUCCAGAAGACUCUGAAAAACUUGUCACAGGUUCCAACAAGAAAGAGUUUGUGACCGCCUUUGUCAACUACGCCUUCAACAAAUCAGUGGAAGGCGUUUUCGAGGCGUUCAAGAAAGGCUUUUUCAAGGUUUGUGAGCCGGACGUGGUGGCGUUCUUCCAGCCGGAUGAGCUGCAAGCGGUGAUGGUGGGAAAUGAAAACUACGACUGGGAUGUGUUCAAGCAGAACACGGUUUACGAAGGAGAAUAUCAUGCUGCCCAUCCGAAUAUUGUUAUCUUCUGGGAGGUGUUCGAUAAACUGACAGAGGAAGAAAAGAAGAAAUUCCUUUCUUUUCUCACAGGCUGCGACCGCGUGCCGUUCGCGGGUAUGGCGAGCCUCCAGAUGAAAAUCGCCAUCUUGCCCGCCUCCACGGAUCUCCAUUACCCAGAGGCCCUCACCUGCCACUACCUUCUGUUACUUCCCAUCUACCAUCGGUACCCGAUUGGGAGGCAAAUGCACAACAGGCUCCUUUACGCCAUCAAUCACAGUCGUGGCUUCACCAAGACAUUUAACACAGAAGGCUGAUGGACGUCUACUUUACGUGCAACCUUUUUUCUUAAAUAUAAAGAACAGUAACUUUAUUUGCUCUCAUAGUGUAGUUUUACUUAUGAUAAUGAUUUCAUUGAAUAUUUACUGAAUAUUUGACAGUUAAGAUGCUCACGAUGAAUCCUGAACUGAAUGCAAUGAAGUACAAUAUAAUUCUUCUUGAAAUUAUUUUUUUUAAAUAUUGUGAGAAAUACAACACAUUUCAUUAUUGUGUGCUUAAAUACAUUGGUAAAUAAACAUUCAUAUCUACA